AUGCACAAAAUUCCGAAGUUAUCGAAUCUGGCGGAAAUUUGGGUUCGAACAAGCUAUUUCAAUUUGCACAAAUUGUUCAAGUUCUGGAAGUUCGCUCAAAACAAGGAUUAUUCUACCGUUUUUGCUGCCUGAAGAAAUAACUGAGCUGGUUUGAAAUUGAGGUAAGAAUUAUGAAAACAAUAUCAAAUUCGGUAAUAUAAUUAUAUAUUACUCUCAGGAAUCUGGAAUUUUAUUUCGAAAAAAUCUAAAAUUCCUGAGACCCGAAAAUUUGAAAAUUUCGAAAAAUUCAUACAUUUUCUAGCGUGACCAAUUUUUGAACCCACCUCAAGAUUGUUCUUUUUUUUAAAUUUCUUUUUAAGUUUUUGAAAAAUUGAAAAGUGCGAGAAUGUCAAGCAAAAAUUUGAAACUGAAUUUCAAUGAAUAAUUGUCAAUGGUAUGAUUUAGGACUUUCCAAACUUAUAUGAAAUUUUUCCAAUUUUCAACAGAAGGUCAAGUUAAUUUUCAGAUAUUUCAUCCCUCCAAGCUGUUUCAAAUCCAACCGAUAAUUGUUCUAAUUUUGCCUUGCGAUGGAAAGGAUUUCGAUUUUGUUCAGAUUGGAGUGAGUAUGUAUAUUUUGGAAUUAGAAACUUUGAAAAAAAUUAUUGAAAAGUGAUAUGAAACUCUGAAAUCCUGUUUGAAACUGAUAAAAUUUAUAUUUUUCUUGAUUUUUUUUUGGGAAAAUCUUGAAAAAUUAAUGAUUUUAUCAGUUACAAAUUGAAAUUUCAGCGGAGAUGCGGAAGCUAUGCCCAAUUUUUGAAUUUUUAGAAAAAAACUUUAAAUUUUGAUUAAUAAAUUAAUUAAUCCUUUUUUUCAGAUUAGAAAUCAACAAUUCACAUUGGUUCCAUUCAAUUAUUCAAAGAUUUUCGAGUUUUGAUCCCAAAAAUUGGUAAGUUUUGAAAACUGACAUGAAAUUCUGGAAUUUUAAUUUGAAACUGAUAAAAUUUAUAUUUUUCUUGAUUUUCUAAUUGGGAAAAUCUUGAAAAAUGGAUGAUUUUAUCAGUUCCAAAUUGAAAUUUCAGCGGAGAUGCGGAAGCUAUGCCCAAUUUUUGAAUUUUUAGAGAAAAACUUUGAAUUUUGAUUAAUAAAUUAAUUAAUCCUUUUUUUUUCAGAUUAGAAAUCAACAAUUCACAUUGGCUCAAUUGAAUUGUUCAAAGAUAUUCGAGUUUUGAUCAAAAAUUGGUAAGUUUUGAGAACUGACAUGAAAUUCUGGAAUUUUAAUUUGAAACUGAUAAAAUUUAUAUUUUUCUUGAUUUUCUAAUUGGGAAAAUCUUGGAAAAUGGAUCAUUUUAUCAGUUACAAAUUGAAAUUUCAGCGGAGAUGCGGAAGCUAUGCCCAAUUUUUGAAUUUUUAGAGAAAAACUUUAAAUUUUGAAUAAUAAAUUAAUUGAUCCUUUUUUUUCAGAUUAGAAAUCAACAAUUCACAUUGGUUCCAUUCAAUUAUUCAAAGAUUUUCGAGUUUUGAUCCAAAAAUUGGUAAGUUUUGAUAACUGACAUGAAAUUCUGGAAUUUUAAUUUGAAACUGAUAAAAUUUCUAUUUUUCUUGAUUUUUUAAUUGAAAAUCUUGAAAAAUGGAUGAUUUUAUCAGUUACAAAUUGAAAUUUCAGCGGAGAUGCGGAAGCUAUGCCCAAUUUUUGAAUUUUUAGAGAAAAACUUUGAAUAAUAAAUUAAUUGAUCCUUUUUUUUCAGAUUAGAAAUUCAACAAUUCACAUUGGUUCCAUUCAAUUAUUCAAAGAUUUUCGAGUUUUGAUCCAAAAAUUGGUAAGUUUUGAUAACAGACAUGAAAUUCUGGAAUUUUAAUUUGAAACUGAUAAAAUUUCUAUUUUUCCUGAUUUUUUAAUUAAAAAUCUUGAAAAAUGGAUGAUUUUAUCAGUUACAAAUUGAAAUUUCAGCGGAGAUGCGGAAGCUAUGCCCAAUUUUUGAAUUUUUAGAGAAAAACUUUAAAUUUUGAAUAAUAAAUUAAUUGAACCUUUUUUUCAGAACAAAAAUCAACAACUCUUAUUGGUUCCAUUCAAUUCUUCAAAGAUUUUCGAGUUUUGAUCCAAAAAUUAGUAAGUUUUGAUAACUGACAUGAAAUUCUGGAAUUUUAAUUUGAAACUGAUAAAAUUUCUAUUUUUCUUGAUUUUUUUAAUUAAAAAUCUUGAAAAAUGGAUGAUUUUAUCAGUUACAAAUUGAAAUUUCAGCGGAGAUGCGGAAGCUAUGCCCAAUUUUUGAAUUUUUAGAGAAAAACUUUAAAUUUUGAAUAAUAAAUUAAUUGAACCUUUUUUUCAGAACAAAAAUCAACAACUCUUAUUGGUUCCAUUCAAUUCUUCAAAGAUUUUCGAGUUUUGAUCCAAAAAAUUAGUAAGUUUUGAUAACUGACAUGAAAUUCUGGAAUUUUAAUUUGAAACUGAUAAAAUUUAUAUUUUUCUUGAUUUUUUUAAUUGAAAAUCUUGAAAAAUGAAUGAUUUUAUCAGUUACAAAUUGAAAUUUCAGCGGAGAUGCGGAAGCUAUGCCCAAUUUUUGAAUUUUUAGAGAAAAACUUUAAAUUUUGAAUAAUAAAUUAAUUGAACCUUUUUUUCAGAACAAAAAUCAACAACUCUCAUUGGUUCCAUUCAAUUCUUCAAAGAUUUUCGAGUUUUGAUCCAAAAAUUAGUAAGUUUUGAUAACUGACAUGAAAUUCUGGAAUUUUAAUUUGAAACUGAUAAAAUUUCUAUUUUUCUUGAUUUUUUAAUUAAAAAUCUUGAAAAAUGGAUGAUUUUAUCAGUUACAAAUUGAAAUUUCAGCGGAGAUGCGGAAGCUAUGCCCAAUUUUUGAAUUUUUAGAGAAAAACUUUAAAUUUUGAAUAAUAAAUUAAUUGAACCUUUUUUUCAGAACAAAAAUCAACAACUCUUAUUGGUUCCAUUCAAUUCUUCAAAGAUUUUCGAGUUUUGAUCCAAAAAUUAGUAAGUUUUGAUAACUGACAUGAAAUUCUGGAAUUUUAAUUUGAAACUGAUAAAAUUUAUAUUUUUCUUGAUUUUUUAAUUGAAAAUCUUGAAAAAUGAAUGAUUUUAUCAGUUACAAAUUGAAAUUUCAGCGGAGAUGCGGAAGCUAUGCCCAAUUUUUGAAUUUUUAGAGAAAAACUUUAAAUUUUGAAUAAUAAAUUAAUUGAACCUUUUUUUUCAGAACAAAAAUCAACAACUCUCAUUGGUUCCAUUCAAUUCUUCAAAGAUUUUCGAGUUUUGAUCCAAAAAUUAGUAAGUUUUGAUAACUGACAUGAAAUUCUGGAAUUUUAAUUUGAAACUGAUAAAAUUUCUAUUUUUCUUGAUUUUUUAAUUAAAAAUCUUGAAAAAUGGAUGAUUUUAUCAGUUACAAAUUGAAAUUUCAGCGGAGAUGCGGAAGCUAUGCCCAAUUUUUGAAUUUUUAGAGAAAAACUUUAAAUUUUGAAUAAUAAAUUAAUUGAACCUUUUUUUUCAGAACAAAAAUCAACAACUCUUAUUGGUUCCAUUCAAUUAUUCAAAGAUUUUCGAGUUUUGAUCCAAAAAUUAGUAAGUUUUGAUAACUGACAUGAAAUUCUGGAAUUUUAAUUUGAAACUGAUAAAAUUUCUAUUUUUCUUGAUUUUUUAAUUGAAAAUCUUGAAAAAUGGAUGAUUUUAUCAGUUACAAAUUGAAAUUUCAGCGGAGAUGCGGAAGCUAUGCCCAAUUUUUGAAUUUUUAGAGAAAAACUUUAAAUUUUGAAUAAUAAAUUAAUUGAACCUUUUUUUUCAGAUUACAAUUUCAACAAUUCACAUUGGUUCCAUUCAAUUAUUCAAAGAUUUUCGAGUUUUGAUCCAAAAAUUAGUAAGUUUUGAUAACUGGCAUGAAAUUCUGGAAUUUUAAUUUGAAACUGAUAAAAUUUCUAUUUUUCUUGAUUUUUUAAUUGAAAAUCUUGAAAAAUGGAUGAUUUUAUCAGUUACAAAUUGAAAUUUCAGCGGAGAUGCGGAAGCUAUGCCCAAUUUUUGAAUUUUUAGAGAAAAACUUUAAAUUUUGAAUAAUAAAUUAAUUGAACCUUUUUUCAGAACAAAAAUCAACAACUCUUAUUGGUUCCAUUCAAUUCUUCAAAGAUUUUCGAGUUUUGAUCCAAAAAUUAGUAAGUUUUGAUAACUGGCAUGAAAUUCUGGAAUUUUAAUUUGAAACUGAUAAAAUUUCUAUUUUUCUUGAUUUUUUUAAUUGAAAAUCUUGAAAAAUGGAUGAUUUUAUCAGUUACAAAUUGAAAUUUCAGCGGAGAUGCGGAAGCUAUGCCCAAUUUUUGAAUUUUUAGAGAAAAACUUUAAAUUUUGAAUAAUAAAUUAAUUGAACCUUUUUUCAGAUUACAAUUUCAACAACUCUUAUUGGUUCAAUUCAAUUCUUCAAAGAUUUUCGAGUUUUCAUCCAAAAAUUAGUAAGUUUUGAUAACUGGCAUGAAAUUCUGGAAUUUUAAUUUGAAACUGAUAAAAUUUCUAUUUUUCUUGAUUUUUUAAUUGAAAAUCUUGAAAAAUGGUUGAUUUUAUCAGUUACAAAUUGAAAUUUCAGCGGAGAUGCGGAAGCUAUGCCCAAUUUUUGAAUUUUUAGAGAAAAACUUUAAAUUUUGAAUAAUAAAUUAAUUGAACCUUUUUUUUCAGAUUAGAAAUUCAACAACUCUUAUUGGUUCCAUUCAAUUAUUCAAAGAUUUUCGAGUUUUGAUCCAAAAAUUGGUAAGUUUUGAUAACUGGCAUGAAAUUCUGGAAUUUUAAUUUGAAACUGAUAAAAUUUCUAUUUUUCUUGAUUUUUUAAUUGAAAAUCUUGAAAAAUGGUUGAUUUUAUCAGUUACAAAUUGAAAUUUCAGCGGAGAUGCGGAAGCUAUGCCCAAUUUUUGAAUUUUUAGAGAAAAACUUUGAAUUUUGAAUAAUAAAUUAAUUGAACCUUUUUUUCAGAUUACAAUUUCAACAACUCUUAUUGGUUCCAUUCAAUUCUUCAAAGAUUUUCGAGUUUUGAUCCAAAAAUUAGUAAGUUUUGAUAACUGGCAUGAAAUUCUGGAAUUUUAAUUUGAAACUGAUAAAAUUUCUAUUUUUCUUGAUUUUUUAAUUGAAAAUCUUGAAAAAUGAAUGAUUUUAUCAGUUACAAAUUGAAAUUUCAGCGGAGAUGCGGAAGCUAUGCCCAAUUUUUGAAUUUUUAGAGAAAAACUUUAAAUUUUGAAUAAUAAAUUAAUUGAACCUUUUUUUCAGAUUACAAUUUCAACAACUCUUAUUGGUUCCAUUCAAUUCUUCAAAGAUUUUCGAGUUUUGAUCCAAAAAUUGGUAAGUUUUGAUAACAGACAUGAAAUUCUGGAAUUUUAAUUUGAAACUGAUAAAAUUUCUAUUUUUCUUGAUUUUUUAAUUAAAAAUCUUGAAAAAUGGAUGAUUUUAUCAGUUACAAAUUGAAAUUUCAGCGGAGAUGCGGAAGCUAUGCCCAAUUUUUGAAUUUUUAGAGAAAAACUUUGAAUUUUGAAUAAUAAAUUAAUUGAACCUUUUUUUCAGAACAAAAAUCAACAACUCUCAUUGGUUCAAUUCAAUUAUUCAAAGAUUUUCGAAUUUUAAUCCAAAAAUUAGUAAGUUUUGAUAACUGGCAUGAAAUUCUGGAAUUUUAAUUUGAAACUGAUAAAAUUUCUAUUUUUCUUGAUUUUUUAAUUGAAAAUCUUGAAAAAUGAAUGAUUUUAUCAGUUACAAAUUGAAAUUUCAGCGGAGAUGCGGAAGCUAUGCCCAAUUUUUGAAUUUUUAGAGAAAAACUUUGAAUUUUGAAUAAUAAAUUAAUUGAACCUUUUUUCAGUACAAUUUCAACAACUCUUAUUGGUUCCAUUCAAUUCUUCAAAGAUUUUCGAGUUUUGAUCCAAAAAUUAGUAAGUUUUGAUAACUGGCAUGAAAUUCUGGAAUUUUAAUUUGAAACUGAUAAAAUUUCUAUUUUUCUUGAUUUUUUAAUUAAAAAUCUUGGAAAAUGGAUGAUUUUAUCAGUUACAAAUUGAAAUUUCAGCGGAGAUGCGGAAGCUAUGCCCAAUUUUUGAAUUUUUAGAGAAAAACUUUGAAUUUUGAAUAAUAAAUUAAUUGAACCUUUUUUUCAGAACAAAAAUCAACAACUCUCAUUGGUUCCAUUCAAUUCUUCAAAGAUUUUCGAGUUUUGAUCCAAAAAUUAGUAAGUUUUGAUAACAGACAUGAAAUUCUGGAAUUUUAAUUUGAAACUGAUAAAAUUUCUAUUUUUCUUGAUUUUUUAAUUAAAAAUCUUGAAAAAUGGAUGAUUUUAUCAGUUACAAAUUGAAAUUUCAGCGGAGAUGCGGAAGCUAUGCCCAAUUUUUGAAUUUUUAGAGAAAAACUUUGAAUGAUAAAUUAAUUGAACCUUUUUUUCAGCACAAUUUCAACAAUUCACAUUGGUUCCAUUCAAUUAUUCAAAGAUUUUCGAGUUUUGAUCCAAAAAUUGGUAAGUUUUGAUAACAGACAUGAAAUUCUGGAAUUUUAAUUUGAAACUGAUAAAAUUUCUAUUUUUCUUGAUUUUUUAAUUAAAAAUCUUGGAAAAUGGAUGAUUUUAUCAGUUACAAAUUGAAAUUUCAGCGGAGAUGCGGAAGCUAUGCCCAAUUUUUGAAUUUUUAGAGAAAAACUUUGAAUUUUGAAUAAUAAAUUAAUUGAACCUUUUUUUCAGCACAAUUUCAACAAUUCACAUUGGUUCCAUUCAAUUCUUCAAAGAUUUUCGAGUUUUGAUCCAAAAAUUAGUAAGUUUUGAUAACAGACAUGAAAUUCUGGAAUUUUAAUUUGAAACUGAUAAAAUUUCUAUUUUUCUUGAUUUUUUAAUUAAAAAUCUUGAAAAAUGGAUGAUUUUAUCAGUUACAAAUUGAAAUUUCAGCGGAGAUGCGGAAGCUAUGCCCAAUUUUUGAAUUUUUAGAGAAAAACUUUGAAUUUUGAAUAAUAAAUUAAUUGAACCUUUUUUUCAGAUUACAAUUUCAACAAUUCACAUUGGUUCCAUUCAAUUCUUCAAAGAUUUUCGAGUUUUGAUCCAAAAAUUGGUAAGUUUUGAUAACAGACAUGAAAUUCUGGAAUUUUAAUUUGAAACUGAUAAAAUUUCUAUUUUUCUUGAUUUUUUAAUUAAAAAUCUUGAAAAAUGGAUGAUUUUAUCAGUUACAAAUUGAAAUUUCAGCGGAGAUGCGGAAGCUAUGCCCAAUUUUUGAAUUUUUAGAGAAAAACUUUGAAUUUUGAAUAAUAAAUUAAUUGAACCUUUUUUUCAGAUUACAAUUUCAACAAUUCACAUUGGUUCCAUUCAAUUCUUCAAAGAUUUUCGAGUUUUGAUCCAAAAAUUGGUAAGUUUUGAUAACAGACAUGAAAUUCUGGAAUUUUAAUUUGAAACUGAUAAAAUUUAUAUUUUUCUUGAUUUUUUAAUUGAAAAUCUUGAAAAAUGGAUGAUUUUAUCAGUUACAAAUUGAAAUUUCAGCGGAGAUGCGGAAGCUAUGCCCAAUUUUUGAAUUUUUAGAGAAAAACUUCAAAUUUUGAAUAAUAAAUUAAUUGAACCUUUUUUUCAGAACAAAAAUCAACAACUCUCAUUGGUUCCAUUCAAUUCUUCAAAGAUUUUCGAGUUUUGAUCCAAAAAUUGGUAAGUUUUGAUAACAGACAUGAAAUUCUGGAAUUUUAAUUUGAAACUGAUAAAAUUUCUAUUUUUCUUGAUUUUUUAAUUAAAAAUCUUGAAAAAUGGAUGAUUUUAUCAGUUACAAAUUGAAAUUUCAGCGGAGAUGCGGAAGCUAUGCCCAAUUUUUGAAUUUUUAGAGAAAAACUUUGAAUGAUAAAUUAAUUGAACCUUUUUUUCAGCACAAUUUCAACAAUUCACAUUGGUUCCAUUCAAUUAUUCAAAGAUGUUCGAGUUUUGAUCCAAAAAUUGGUAAGUUUUGAUAACUGACAUGAAAUUCUGGAAUUUUAAUUUGAAACUGAUAAAAUUUCUAUUUUUCUUGAUUUUUUAAUUAAAAAUCUUGAAAAAUGGAUGAUUUUAUCAGUUACAAAUUGAAAUUUCAGCGGAGAUGCGGAAGCUAUGCCCAAUUUUUGAAUUUUUAGAGAAAAACUUUGAAUAAUAAAUUAAUUGAACCUUUUUUCAGAACAAAAAUCAACAACUCUCAUUGGUUCAAUUCAAUUAUUCAAAGAUUUUCGAAUUUUAAUCCAAAAAUUAGUAAGUUUUGAUAACUGGCAUGAAAUUCUGGAAUUUUAAUUUGAAACUGAUAAAAUUUCUAUUUUUCUUGAUUUUUUAAUUGAAAAUCUUGAAAAAUGAAUGAUUUUAUCAGUUACAAAUUGAAAUUUCAGCGGAGAUGCGGAAGCUAUGCCCAAUUUUUGAAUUUUUAGAGAAAAACUUUGAAUUUUGAAUAAUAAAUUAAUUGAACCUUUUUUUCAGAACAAAAAUCAACAACUCUCAUUGGUUCAAUUCAAUUAUUCAAAGAUUUUCGAGUUUUGAUCCAAAAAUUAGUAAGUUUUGAUAACUGGCAUGAAAUUCUGGAAUUUUAAUUUGAAACUGAUAAAAUUUCUAUUUUUCUUGAUUUUUUAAUUGAAAAUCUUGAAAAAUGAAUGAUUUUAUCAGUUACAAAUUGAAAUUUCAGCGGAGAUGCGGAAGCUAUGCCCAAUUUUUGAAUUUUUAGAGAAAAACUUUGAAUUUUGAAUAAUAAAUUAAUUGAACCUUUUUUCAGAACAAAAAUCAACAACUCUCAUUGGUUCAAUUCAAUUAUUCAAAGAUUUUCGAGUUUUGA